AUGUCUCCGGUCACGAACAAUGAAGAAUUCGCCGAGCUCGCCCUCCACUUAGCGGCCGGGAAAUACUUCCAGCUGGCAGCAUUCGUGAUGCUGAUUUACGAUCAUCUGUUGACAUUUGCAGACGAGGUGGAGCGGAUCUGGAAACCUGACUUCUCUGGGGCUACUGUUCUGUUUCUCAUAAAUCGAUACCUCACCCCUAUCCAAUUCAUCAUCAUUGUCACCGCUUUCCAGCAUCCAGGAUGGGUAGACGAAGUACGUCCUAGUCUCUCCUCCGUUCGCUUGCUCGCUAACGAGACGCCGCAUGUUUCAGGCGUUUGCGAUAAAUUCGUUGCGUUCGAAGGAUCAUCAACAGUCGCUCUCCUCGCAAUUUGCGAAAUUAUCAUGAUCCUCCGCGUGUAUGCCCUCUAUGGACGGUCUUGGGUGAUUCUCCUAUGCCUUUCCAUGAUGUGGGUGCUACAAGUGAUACUUUCGUCGAUUGGGAUGACUACGGGCUUCGCGGUCCCACUACCACCCGGCCUCGUCGGUUGUAUAUUCACGGGAACGAGCGCCUUGUUCCCCGCGGUCUGGGUGACGCCCCUUGCGACUGACUUUUGUAUUUUCAUUCUGACGGUGCUGAGAAUGAGGACGCAUUUUCGAGCGGCACGAAAUACUCCAACACUACAGCUAAUCCUCCGAGAUGGUGUCCUCUACUUCCUCGUUAUCCUUAUCGCCAACCUGCUCAACACCUUCUUUUUCUUCUUCAGCGAACCCGAUAUGAAAGCCAUCGGCGCCUCAUUCAGCCAGCUCAUCACCUCAACCAUGAUCUCGCGGCUCGUCCUCAACCUACGCUCAAUACCGUCGCAACGGCGGUCAACCGCCCGGGAGUCGGAGCACAUGACGGAGGAAGGGCCGCCUCUCACCACAUUCAUGACACGCACCGUCACGCACCUCGCGGAGGACCUCGAGUGGUAUAAUAAUGGCAGCGAGAUACCGCUGACGGAUUUAGAAAAGAGGACGUCGACGACAGAACUGUAUUAG